GCGGUCUUGAGUUACAUGUAUGGGGCGGCCGGGGAGUUCCGGGUUGGUCACGUGUGCGGUGGAAGAAGCGUGUUGGAGGCCGAGCAGAGAACCGUCAGCAUGUCCGUCCUGAGCGCCCCAGAGCCGGUGUCCGCCUUGUUCCGGGAUAUCAGUGCGGAGGACGAGGAGCAGCAAACGGAGCAGAUCGAAUCCCUGUGCAUGAACUGCUACCAGAAUGGAAUGACAAGACUGCUCUUCACCAAAGUUCCCUUCUUCAAAGAGAUCAUUGUCAGUUCAUUCACGUGUGACUCGUGUAGUUGGACCAACACAGAGAUCCAGUCUGCUGGGCGGAUCCAGGAACAAGGUGUCCGAUAUUCACUGAACGUUGGGAAUAAGAGGGAUAUCAACCGUGAGGUGGUAAAAACGGAUUAUGCAACAACGCGUAUCCCUGAGAUUGAUUUUGAGAUUCCAGCUUGUACACAGAAAGGAGCCCUUACAACAAUUGAAGGACUCUUGGAAAGAACUAUUUCGGGUUUACAGCAGGAGCAGCCACUCCGCAGGGCUGAAAAUGCUGAAAUCGCAAACAAGAUUGAGGAGUUCAUUGCAAAACUUGAGUCUCUAAAGGCUGGGGAAACGCCCUUCACAUUUAUUCUAGAUGACCCCUCUGGGAACAGUUUUGUUGAGAAUCCUUUUGCUCCUCACAAAGAUGAAGAACUCACAGUAACACAUUACAGGAGAAGCGAAGAUCAGGACUCCUUACUAGGAAUUGAGAGCACAAUUGACCAGAAGCAAACUUCUGAAGAGAAAAGUGAGGAUGAUGCUGAAGACCUCCGUGAUGAGGUGCUUCAGUUCCAAACCAAUUGUCCAGAAUGUAAUGCUCCUGCAGCCACCAACAUGAAGUUAGUGCAAAUCCCACAUUUCAAGGAAGUUAUUAUCAUGGCCACAAACUGUGAUGCUUGUGGCCAUCGAACAAAUGAGGUAAAAUCAGGAGGUGCCAUUGAAUCUCUUGGCACAAAAAUUACACUUCAUAUCACUGAUCCAUCUGACCUUACCAGGGAUGUUUUAAAGUCUGAAACCUGCAGUAUUAGUAUCCCAGAGCUAGAAUUUGAAAUAGGAAUGGGAGCUUUGGGAGGAAAAUUCACAACUCUGGAGGGACUCUUGAAAGACAUCCGAGAUUUGGUUGUUUGCAAGAACCCUUUCACCCUCGGUGACAGCUGUACAUCGGAUAGGAUGGAAAAGCUGCAGGCAUUUGGCAAGAAAAUUGAUCAGAUCCUAGAAGGCCAGAUGAGAGUUCAUUUUAUAUUGGAUGAUGCAGCUGGAAACAGCUACCUUCAGAAUGUCUAUGCACCAGAGCAAGAUCCAGAAAUGACGGUGGAGAAGUAUAAACGAUCAUUUGAUCAGAAUGAAGAUCUUGGCCUCAAUGAUAUGAAAACAGAAGACUAUGAAGAGACUGACGAGUCACCGCUCCUAGAUGUCGCACACAAUGCUGAAACCCAGGAGGGGGGAAAUCGGUAGUAUCUCAAGGACAUUUACUACAAUGACCUUUCCAGUUGGACUAGAUGUGUACCAGUCUCUACCUCUAUGUCCAAAUGUACAGCAGAUGUCCAUGGGGGGAAAAAAAUUGUUUGUGACGCCCAAAAUGUUAUGUUAAGAGAUUUGGCAGUGACUCCUACAGCCCAGCAGAGGAUGCAUUUAUAACAAUUUAUGUGCUGAAAAAUCAUCCUUUUAAUUUGUGUGCUCUUAGAAUGUAGAACUCGUUCGCAUUUAUUUUAAACCAUGGAGAAAAUUUAAAAAAUUAGUAAUCCUUUUUCUCAUAUUUAUGAAACCCAACAGAGCUGGGCUUAUUUUGAAUUCUAAAAGGUCAGUAUUGGUUAUUUACGUAAAGUUGAUGUUUGGCACCAUAUGGUUCUAUUUCUUUAAAUUAUUUUCAACUACAGCGUUGAACUGUUACAGCUGUAGAUAACAGCAGCAUGGUCUUACCUUUAAGUGUAGAGGAAAAUUUGUUUACUUUACUGACACGCAAAGCAACUUGGCAUUUCUGAGGAAAGUUGUACAUUGGCCUAAACAAGUAAAAUAGAUGUGGAUAUUGAAUAAUUCCAGUGCCAUUAAGUACAUCUGUUGCAGCUCCCGGUACCUGUGAUAGCCAUGUCAUUCUAAUUUAUACAUGUGUUUGUGCAAUUCAAACCAAAUUGAACUUUAUAGUUUUAAUGUAAAUACAUUUUGGCUGCAUCAAAACAAAAGCUAUGCAAAAAUCUUUCCAACAUGCCCACUGCUGCGUGAGACCUUAGACUGCAACCGGCAAAGCUCCUGCUGCUUGGAGAGUUCUAUCUGUACUCAGCAAGAGGUACAUACUGCUGCAGUGACACCACAGGGGGAGGCUAUUCUAUCCAGGCUAAAACUGCCUUCUAAAUAAAGCAAGAUAUAAGACUUUGUACACUUUUUUUUUUUUUUUCAUACCUGAAAUAUGUUUAGUGGAUUUUUACUGAAAGUUCAAUAUGGGCUUUUAAAGCUUUCCAGAAAGGAACAUCUAGUAAGUAACCUUUUUUUAAACUUUUGAGUUAUUAUACACCGCAGUAUGAUGCAGAACUAUCACAGCAAUUUGGCAUAAGCUUGUGCAUUCAGAUUUGUUUUCGUUAAUAAAAACCCUUAAGCUUG